AUGGCAGAAAGUUUGCCCCCUGACACGGAAGAUCCUACCAUGCCAAAUAGCGAAGAAGAAGUUAAACAUACCUUGGAAUCUAUCAUUACUGAUCAGAACUAUCUUUUUGUUGUCGCUUUGGAUUUUGGAACAACAUAUUCGGGUUAUGCAUUCAGUUCUAGAGAUCAGUUUCGCCGAAAUCCUUUGGAUAUUCAUAGUAAUCAGGACUGGGUUGCGGGUGGAACAUCUUUAAUAUCCCUCAAAACUCCCACAUCUCUUCUUAUUGACAAAGAUGGCAAUUUCGUCGCAUUUGGUUAUAAAGCAGAAGAUAGAUUUUAUUCAGAGAUUGCAAAAGAUCAGCGUGGAAACUUUAUGAUGUUCAGGAGAUUCAAAAUGAAAUUACAUAACAAGAGGGGAAUUAGUGACAACUUAUAUGUUGAGGAUGUUACGGGGAAAGGAUACCCAGCAAAACAUGUAUUUACUCUCUCAAUAAAGGCAUUGGUACAUCAUUUUAAGGAAAACAUAAAAAAGAAGAUCCUUAAUAUUGAAUUGAGCGAAAAAGAUCUGAGAUGGGUCUUGACAGUUCCUGCCAUAUGGGGUGAUGCUGCUAAAGAAUAUAUGCGUCAGUGUGCAAUAAAAGCAGGGAUUCCGGACAAAAUGUUAAGAAUUGCUCUGGAACCAGAAGCAGCAUCUAUAUAUUGCCAAUUUCUUCCCAUCGAAAGGAACCCAGAAGGUUUUGGCAUGACAAAGGAAGGCACCAAAUAUAUGAUUGUUGACAUAGGCG